CGUCCGACUCCCCUUCUCACGCUUGUACCCUGGUUCCCUAAUCCUCGUCGCUCGGCGGCGGAUCUUUUCUUAUCCUCACUUCUAUUUCCCUACCUUGCCAGCUUGCCUUACUCCUCCUUCCUUGACACAUCUGUUGCUCUUACUCCUUCGUUCCUCAUUUCUCCAGUCCUAUUCCCGCCCUCAGCUGUCCUUCGACUUUUCCCUGACACUCGCUUUGUCUAUAUUCCCAAUCUGACCUUGGGACCUCGCCCUCGCUACCCUUCCUCGCUCUUAUCCCCUAGACACGUCUCUGUUAGUCUUGGGGCACCGCGCUUUUGAAUACAUCAAUCUGAAACCGUCACAUUCAUUACAACCAACGCUGGCGAAUUCCAACGCUUGGGACAGCUGGGAAGUCGCCCAAGGUUACGACUCCCACUCGCGUCCCAACUCACUUCAACCACCUCCCGCCGUCAUAACAACCUCCGCCGCCCCGGCUGAUCACAACAACCAAACUUACCAGAACCCCUUCUCGUCAGCGUCGUCCCCGGAGAUGGAUCAAGACGACCAGAGCAGCAAUAGCAUGCUGCGACCCCUUUCACAGCCUGCUCUCAACUCGAGAUUCCCAUCCUUACGAAGACUCAACUCCUCCGAGCCCUAUCGACAUCGAUCCUUACCCGCAGAGCCCUCUCCAGGCUCUGAUCGCGCCGAAAGUGAGACCACUUUUGCCGUCCUAUAUGAUGAUGGACCAGACUACCAUGUCGGCCACUACGACGACCGUGGCUCAAUGCAGUCUCAACAACACAGACCCGACUCUUUGGCCUCGUAUGCCCCUUCUUUCCGGACGCGUGAUUCGCGACUCGUUAGUGAUGAACAGUACCUCGAUCGCAAUCAGGAUUUCGUUGCCAAUCAGAGACUCCUUGCGGAAGGUUACCUGAACAACAAUGACUCUCUGUAUGAUCAGUCCGUACCUCGUUAUCCCACUCAGUCAGAAGAGACUCUCGCCAUGAACACCUUGCACAACUCUUACCCACGAGAUGAGAAACGACCCCUUUCGAUGAUGAUGUCUCCCCCUCUCAACCGACCGCACUCUAAACACUCGCAUGAAUCGUGGUGUACUUGUGAGGAGGAUCAUGGCCACGGUCAUGGUAUGCAAGGAGCUCCCGCCAUGUCAUCUGAGAGAAAGGAUCCUACCAAGUUUGACUUGGAGGCACAGAACGGUCCGACAACGCCAACGCCGUUCCUGCCCAAAGAGAAGCCCUCAAACGAAUUCGAGGUCAAAUUUAAUGGACCAAACGACCCUCUGGACCCUAAGAAUUGGACGAGCAAGCAGAAGUGGACUGUUACAGCUCUUACUGCAGCCUUCACAUUCCUGUCUCCCUUGGCUUCGUCCAUGGUUGCUCCCGCCAUUCCACAGAUCAUGGAAGACUUUAACAUUCCCCCCAGCCAGAAGAUUUUAGGUCAGAUUGUUCUCUCCAUCUUCGUCUUGGCUUAUGCCAUUGGUCCCAUGUUCUUGGGCCCUCUUUCCGAACUGUAUGGACGCGUCAUUGUCCUUCAACUCUCGAAUGUGGUUUUCCUCGCCUUCAACAUUGCCUGCGGUUUUGCCCAGAACAAAGAGCAGCUGCUCGCAUUCCGCUUUUUGUCGGGUCUCGGAGGCUCCGCACCUUUGGCAAUCGGUGGUGGUGUCCUCGGAGACUUGUUCAAACCCGAGGAACGUGGAAAGGCCAUGGGUCUCUAUGCCAUGGGCCCACUCUUGGGACCUGCCGUGGGUCCCAUUGUCGGUGCUUGGGUCGCUGAAAAGUCCAACUGGCGAUACAUGUUCCAUGCCUGCUCCGGUACCACUGUCAUUAUCCUCUUGAUCGGAUUCUGGAAGUUCCAGGAAACCUAUGCACCUUACAUUCUACACAAGAAGGCAAAGAUGAUCCGUAAGCAGACUGGUGAUUCACGCUACUUUGCUGCGGGUGAGUCUGAGGUCGACCAACCGGUAUGGAAAAAGGUGGUCAAGACCAUGGGACGCGCUUUCGGCAUGUUGUUCACCCAACCCAUUGUCCAAGUCAUGGCACUCUACAUGGCCUUCUCAUAUGGUGUCCUGUACUUGGCCUUGUCCACCUUCCCCACUCUGUACCGAGAUGUCUACGGCCAGAGCCUUGGUAUUUCAGGUCUUAACUAUAUCUCACUCGGUUUGGGAUUCUUUUUCGGCGCUCCCAUUUGCGGCAAGUCGUCUGAUGUCAUCUACCAGAAGCUCAAGAAGAAGGAUCCUCGCGGUAUGGGUAAGCCUGAGUACCGCAUGCCCUUGGUCAUUCCUUUCUCGCUCCUCACUCCCAUUGGUCUCUUGACCUACGGUUGGGCCGCGCAGGCCAAGACUCACUGGAUUGUCCCCAAUAUUGGCUCUUUCAUCUUCGGCAUUGGCACGAUUGCAGCGUUCCAGUGUGUCACCACCUACCUCGUCGACACAUACGCUCGAAUGGCUGCAUCGGCGGUCGCUGCCGUCACGGUGUUGCGAUCCCUAGCUGGCUUUGGCUUUCCCAUUUUCGCACCCAUCAUGUACGAUUCCCUUGGAUUCGGCUGGGGUAACACGGUGUUGGCCAUUGCCGCCAUCGGCAUUGGCUUCCCUACUCCUAUCCUGUUGUGGAUGUUUGGUGAGAAACUUCGAAAGCGAAGCAGUCUCGCAGCUAAGGGACCACCUGGCGGUCCCGGCGGCCCAGGAGGACCAGGAGGACCAGGUAAAGGACCUGGAGGCCCUGGAGGCCCUGGUGGACCACCCGGCGGCCCAGGAGCUCAAGGUCCCCCUGGAGGACCAGGAGGUAAACCAGGAUUUGGACCCGACGGUAGGCCAACCGGACCUCCUCCACCAUUCCCAGGAACCGCUCGAGGCCCCGGUCCUCGAUGAAGCAAAUCAUACACCUGAAUUGACGACAAUCAAAAUUCUACAAUAAUAUAAUCAAUCCAUCUCGCCCUGUAUCUAUGCCUCUAUGUCGGAGAAUUUGCUAUGUCAUCAUGAGCGGCCACGGCGUUGUGGGAUUUUGAAAAGGCAUUUUUGGGGGGGUUGUGGGUUAUCUAUGUGGAGGAGAACUGGUGGAUUGGGGAUUGGGGGAUUGAUAAAUACACUUUUAUGUGAUGGUCAUUUAUUUGCAACUACCCCUGGCAAACGAGAAGAUAGCAAGAUCACGGGUAGCUAUGUGCUACAUCGGAUUUGCUGAAUAAAGAGGAAAGGACAAGAUCUUCAACCAUCUUCAAGGAGGAUCUAAUCUAUCGUCAUUGGACUGAUACGCCAUGGAGCAGAGAACAGUGGCAGAAGAAUGGGCGAAAUCUGUCAUCUGUAUGACCAGUAACUUGAUUCUACCUUGACGACUACUGAUUAAUUGAAUUGAUUAAUCCUGUUUUGUUUUGAAACUGAUAGUGUGAGAUAACAUUGUUCAAAAGUUUUGGUCAAGUG